AGGGCCUGGGAAGCCUUUGCUCCUCACCCUCUCCCAAAUUCAAAGCUCAGAAAGGCAGCUCUGGGCCCCUGGCUUGGCUGGCUGGCUGCAGUCGGCAGCUGCUGUGUCUGCAGGGAACUCUGCACAGCCACCCUGUUUCCUCAUACCUGAGCCGUCCACAGCUGCACGCACCACUCCCGGCCUGCACACACUAUUAAGGCCAGCACACGGGAGCUGGCUGUGAGGUCAUCGAGGAGGGCAGCAGCAGCUCCACUCAGCCAGGACCCAGAUACUCCAGGAACCUUCCCCAGCCAUGGCUUCCCUGGGGCAGAUCCUCUUCUGGAGCAUAAUUAGCAUCAUCAUUAUUCUGGCUGGAGCAAUUGCACUCAUCAUUGGCUUUGGUAUUUCAGGGAGACACUCCAUCACAGUCACUACUCUCACCUCAGCCGGGAACAUUGGCGAGGAUGGAAUCCUGAGCUGCACUUUUGAACCUGACAUCAAACUUUCUGAUAUCGUCAUACAAUGGCUGAAGGAAGGUGUUAUAGGCUUGGUCCAUGAGUUCAAAGAAGGCAAAGAUGAGCUGUCGGAGCAGGAUGAAACGUUCAGAGGCCGGACAGCAGUGUUUGCUGAUCAAGUGAUAGUCGGCAAUGCCUCUCUGCGGCUGAAAAAUGUGCGACUCACAGAUGCUGGCACCUACAAAUGUUAUAUCAUCACUUCUAAAGGCAAGGGGAAUGCUAACCUUGAGUAUAAAACUGGAGCCUUCAGCAUGCCACAGGUGAAUGUGGACUAUAAUGCCAGCUCAGAGACCUUGCGGUGUGAGGCUCCCCGAUGGUUCCCCCAGCCCACAGUGGUCUGGGCAUCGCAAGUGGACCAGGGAGCCAACUUCUCAGAAGUCUCCAAUACCAGCUUUGAGCUGAACUCGGAGAACGUGACCAUGAAGGUUGUGUCUGUGCUCUACAAUGCUACGAUCAACAACACGUACUCCUGUAUGAUUGAAAACGACAUUGCCAAAGCAACAGGGGAUAUCAAAGUGACAGAAUCUGAGAUCAAAAGGCGGAGUCACCUACAGCUGCUGAACUCGAAGGCUUCUCUGUGCGUCUCUUCUUUCUUUGCCAUCAGCUGGGCACUUCUGCCUCUAGCCCCUUACCUGAUGCUAAAAUAAUGCACCUCGGCCACAAAAAAGCACGCAAAGUCAUUGUUACAGCAGGGAUCUACAGAAUGAUUUUGCCACCAGAUAUGACCUAGGUUUAUGUUUCUGGGAGGAUAUGAAUUCAUAUCUAGAAGUCUGGCGUGAACAAACAAGAAACAAAACGAAGCCAAGAGCGGAGUCUCCAAUAGGAACAAGAUACAUCUAUCUUCAAAGGCAUGUUAGAAGUUGGGAAAAUACUUCAUCUGAACUAGACAAGUGUGUUAAGAGUGAUAAGUAAAAUGCACGUGGAGGCAAGUGCAUCCCUGGAUCUCAGGGGCCUCCCCUACCUAUCAGGGGGGCGAGAGGAUAGGAUAGUGAUGUCCUUUGUCUCUGGAUAUUUAAUUAUAUGUGCUAUCACGUUGCUCUGAGGAAGCUCCUGGAAAGCUUCUAUGCCAAGGUAGCCACAUCUUAGAUUCCACAAAUUAAGUUGCAGUGUAUACUCUAAGCCGCUGCUCACUGACUGUCACUUUGCAACUCCAGGGCAGCUGCAUUUUAGUAAUAGGUCAAAUGAUUCACUUUCUAUUGUGCUUCCAAAGGUGCCCCAGCUUCUCUUCCCAACGGACAAAUGCCACAGAUAAGAAAAAUUAUCGUAAUUUUAGCCCAAACAGUCGGUGCCACCGAUUUUACAAAUAAAGUGAGCAGCUUCUUUUUAAAUGAACAAAUGCAGGUUUAUUUCUCAGGUGAUAUUCAUCCGUGAAUGGUCCAGGGAAGGACCUUUCCCCUUGACUCCGUGGCAUUACCUCACCACAAGCUCUAAGGCUUCUCCUUUCCAUCCUGUGUGGACAGCUAAGACCUCUGUUUUCAAUAGCAUCUAGAGCAGUGGGACUCAACUGGGGUGAUUUCGCUCCCCAUCCUCAGGGGAAUGUUUGAAGACAGUUUCAGUUGCCACAGUGAGGGAGUGAAGGAGGAGACGGUGAUACCAGCAUCCGGUGGAUAGAGGCUAGAGAUGCUGCCCAACCUCCUGCCACGUACAGGGCGUCUCCCGGUUACCAUUACCCAGUCCCAAGGGUCAACUCUGUCAAGGCUAAGAAACCCUGGUUCAGAGUAGAAAAGGCCUAGAAAGAGGGGAGCAGACAAAUCUGUCUGCUUCCUCACAUUAGUCAUUGGGAGAGACGCAUCUGUCUCUUUGGCAGCCUCUGUGAACUCUAUUGCGCACCCUGGUAACAUCUCUCAGAGAACAGGGUUGUCAAGGCCUGUGGGAAAUGCCUGAUGGGAUUAUCUUCAGCUUGUUGAGCUUCUGAGUUCCUUUCCCUUCAUCCUGCCCUCCCGGCCAAGUUCUGUAAGAGAGCUGCCUGCGUUCUAGCUCAGAUUUUCUUACUCUGAAUUUAGAUCUCCAGACCCUGCCUGGCCACGACUCAAAUGAAGGCAACAGACCUUCCACGAAGUACACAGAGACUUUUGAAAGCAGGGACAAUGACUUUUUGAACUGAGGCCUUGGGGAAUGAAGCUCUGGUGGAAAUAAUGGUUCGUUUCCAGCCCCCUUCCCACACUUUUCAUGUGUUAACGACUGCCUUCCUGGUCCUUGGAGCCACCGUGACUGUGUUCCAUUUUGUUGUAGAAAACUGAGUGUAGAGUUCUGAUGGUUCAAGUGAAUGAUUAAAUAGACAUUUCCUACA